AUGGACAUUAUUAAAUCUGCCCCAGAGGGUGUUGUGGAUCUAAAUGAAGCUGCUAAACUGUUGGGGGUGAGGAAAAGAAGAGUAUAUGAUAUCACCAAUGUAUUGGAUGGUAUCCAUCUUAUUCAGAAGAGGUCCAAGAACUUGGUCCAGUGGGUGGGGACGGACCUGAAUUACACAGGAACGGAGAUCCCAGAGCCACAGCGGAUGCGCAAUGACAUCAGCGAUCUCUCCGCUAUGGAAGAAGCAUUGGAUGACCUAAUCAGAGAUUGCGCUCAUCAACUCUUCCGGCUAACAGAAGACCGAGCAAACAGGAGAUUGGCCUAUGUAACUUACCAAGACCUCCACAGUAUUGAAGACUACCAGGAGCAGAUUGUCAUUGCUGUGAAAGCCCCAGAGGAAACCAAGUUAGAGGUUCCAGCUCCCAGCGAGGAUUGCAUAGAGAUUCAUAUAAAGAGCUCAAAGGGGCCAAUUGAUGUGUAUCUUUGUGAAGCGGAGGAUGAAAAUGCAGAUGGGAAAUCUUUUCGGAGAUUAACAAAGACCCUUAAGAUGGAACCAGAUCCAAUUCUAAUUGACGAUGGUAAGGUGUAUAUAAUAGUCAUACUUUAG